AUGGCAACUUUCUUUGCUGAAAAUGAGAAGUUUGCCCCCUAUACAAGCGGCCUCGGAGAUUCUCCAUUGGCCAAUGCUGUAUUUACAGUGAUGCACAUAAUCUGCGCCUAUGUCGGCGGUGCCACGAUGUACGCCAGAUACACGCUGCUGAGACAGCGCCGUGCCGAUAAGAAGCGCACCGGGGCCAACAUAACCCAACUGGUGCUGGGCUUGUUGGCCAUCCUAGCGUAUGUUAUGGAGAAUAACUUCCCGGUGCUGGUGUUCCGGGAAGUGCACAUAGCAGGAGUGCUGGCAGCCACUGUAUGUGCAAGUGCCUAUACGCUGAUAAACACUGUGAUAUCCUACAGGGCGCCCCCGGAGGAGGACAGCCGAAUCAAGUGCCAUUUGCGAUUGGCCAUUUCAUUGGCCGUUAUAUUGAUCAUCGAUAGUCUGCGGGUUAUCAGCGAGUGGCUCUCAACCGUUAUAUUUUAUGGCUUUUUGGCCACAUUUGGGCCGGACUUUAAGGUCUUUGGGCUCAGAAUCCCCAAGAACAUGGAGGAGGACUGGUUCUAUAUCACAGCAAGCCCAGCUGGUGAUGUGGAGGCCAACUGA